UCGGGUGUUCGUUACUUUAUCAUACGUUCCAGCACCAUGCAGAACAUAUUCAUUUCAGUUCGGGUCGGUGCCUGGGCAACUACGCGCCAAAACGAUGACAAACUGGACGAGGCGUUUCGCAAAAGCCGAGAAGUCCGCCUCCUGUAUUCGGUGACCGGCAGCAACGCGUUUCAGGGCUAUGCCGUUAUGCGAACACCUAUCGGCAGGUUCGGGCGGCCUGUCGUAUGGGAGAACGGCAAGCAAUUUGGAAAUCCGUUUGGGGUCGAUUGGCGCGUCCUCUUCGAGCUUCCGCAUAGCGAGACGGAACACAUCCGUAACCCCUACAACGAGAACAAGCCUGUCCACAUCGCCCGGGACGGUACGGAGCUGCCGCAGGAGCAGGGCGAUCUUGUG